AUGGAGCAGCAGCACCACCAACCGCACCACCAGCAGCAGCACCACCAACUGCACCAACAGCAGCAGCACCACCAACCACAACAGCACCACCAACAGCAGCAGCAGCACCACCAACCACAACAACAGCACCAACAGCAGCAGCAGCAGCAGCAGCAAAAGAUGGAAGGAUGCGGUUCUCGUUGGGACAAUCCGUUUCCCAUUGGAAAUAAUAGCCAGAGUCAGCCCAUCCCGGGAAGGAUGACAGACUAUCCCCCAACUGUUCAAAGCCGCUAUACCAACGAGAGCGCCUCAAGUAUCUUGGCAAGCUUUGGAUUGUCCAACGAAGACCUGGAAGAGCUUAGUCGUUAUCCAGACGAUCAGCUGACCCCCGAAAACAUGCCUGUGAUUUUAAGGGACAUCCGCAUGAGGAAAAUGGGUAAUCAGGGGCCAAGCUUGUCUCAUCAGAACAGCGAGGAGAACUUCCGUAGUGAGGAUGGCCGCAGCUCCAUGGUCAAGGGCAAAGUCAUCGACUACGGGCACGAGAGCAAGUACAGAUACGAUGAAGGUCCCCUGGAGGUGAAGGUCUAUGGGGCUGAGAGCACCCCUAAAGACACCCUAAAAGGGUUCCAGACCCAGCAGACUCCGCCAGCCGGCAUAACCAGCAAACAGAUGAAUGCCGUUGAAGAAUUAAUCCGCCAGAUGGGAUUCCAAAGAAGCACACCGAACUCCCCGUCUUUUUUCCCCAUGGACUCGCCUAACAAGAUGUCUGGGUUGUGCACCCCUUCCGCAGGAACUGGGGUAGCGCCGGCAGCCCAGACCAUCAUGCCGACUGUGGCACCACCGCCUCUACCUCGGCCUGCAGUCCCACCUGUCCGGCAAGCUUUGCCUCCCCCGCCGGUAGCUCGGCCCAUGAUGUCACCUAUGAACCAGGCGCCGCCAACUUCUCACCCUCCUCCUUUUGCACCUGAAAUGGUUGGCGGUGUCAACCGCCGUGGGAGGGUUCAUGAGGAAUCCAGACCGAGCCCCAGUGCUCCCCCCGAACCUAACCCCCCUGCUCAGAAACCUUUCCGGAAGGAGAUGGAAGGGCCUAUAAAGUCUCCAUUUGGGGUCGUGAAGGCCUCUUGGCUCCCGGUUUUUCCCAAGAUGGAUGCCCAGAAAAUGAAGAGGCUGCCAACUCCGUCAAUGAUGAAUGAUUAUUAUGCUGCGUCUCCGAGAAUAUUUCCACAUAUGUGUUCUCUAUGUAAUGUAGAAUGUAGACAUUUGAAGGAUUGGCUUCAGCAUCAGAAUUCUUCCACACACCUUGAAAGCUGCCGCCAGCUACGCCAACAAUAUCCUGACUGGAAUCCAGAAUCCCAUUCAUCAGCAAAAAGGCGAGAGGGCGACAGAAAUGAGGACAGCACACCCAGGCGGCGUUCUGCCAGUAUUAGUCCCAGGCGUUCGAGACGCUCCAGUUCUGGGCAUGCCAGACGACGGACUCGGUCCCGAUCCAGGAGUCCCAGGCACAGGUCAAUCAGGCAAAGGAGUCGAAGUCCACGGCCGCAGCCUAAUUUCAGACACAGGUCAAGGUCUCCGUGGCGACCUUAUAACCCCAUUUCGACGUUCCGAAGGUCUUCCAGCAGAGAGAGGGCGUCCAGACGAUAUAUUCGAUCUCCAG